ACACUCGCUUUAUAAACCACAGAGCGGUUCGUACAGGAAUAAGCAACAGCGCACCACACAACUCGGAGCUGUCGCAAUUUACCUGUAGCUUUUUCAGGAAUAUCGGUGUUUGGUUAAUUUGAGUCCAUUCGUGUUGUAAUACUUACGUUGAGUGUUAAGGGAGAAACAGAUCGUUCUGUUUGGACUUCUGUGAAGAAAGCGAAUAUCCGGGAGUGUAGCAUCCGCGGCUAUCUGACUAAACGCAUCAAAUCCGACAGACAGCUAGCAAUAUUUGUUUCUGUUUUAGUCGAUUUUGCUGACCAGAAAGUUGUGAUAUUUUGGUUAUUUUAUUUAACAUUUAGCAUAUCGUCCAAGGAUAUCUAUUUCUCAGAUAAUACUCGCGAAGGCUCCGGAGGCCGCGGAGCUGCGCUGCUAGCUUCUCGCUCACGAGUCGGCAAAGGGGAAAUUGAACAGUCAUUUCAUAUCUUGGAAUUUCUGUGGACCACUAACUCACCCCUUGACAGUUACACCCCUAUACGGACCCAUAUUGUUUGAGGAUUUAUCAUAGUUUCUCCUUGUCUGAAGAUUUUCCUCCUCUGUGUCCUCAACUUCCACCGACUAGCUGCUUCCGGCGAGCUGGCGACGCCGCUCCUCUCAGGAUAGACUAAACUCUCUGCCUCCUGCCUUUGAGGUGUGAGUCAGCCAGUCUUCUUCUCUGUGGCGGUUCAGGACAGGGCUGUCAGGUAUCAGUCAGUGAUGUCAGAAGAAGGAAAGCAGAGCGCCGCACCUGCCCCUGCAUCCGCUAUGGACACGAAGUCCGAGUCCACAGCCUCACCACCUACCGGCCAGGGGGUGUCAUCAGUGUCUCCUCCGGUGUCCACAGUAACACAGCCUGCACCACCUGCAACCGAGGAUGAGGAGGAGGAGAGCGAAGAUGAAUCUGAGAUCCUGGAGGAAAGCCCCUGUGGACGCUGGCAGAAGCGGAGAGAAGAGGUUAACCAGCGCAACGUCCCAGGCAUCGACAAUGCUUAUCUUGCCAUGGACACAGAGGAAGGUGUGGAGGUGGUGUGGAAUGAGGUCAUGUUUUCUGAAAGGAAGAACUUCAAACUACAAGAGGAAAAAGUCAAGGCAGUGUUUGAUAACCUCAUCCAGCUGGAACAUGUGAAUAUAGUAAAGUUUCACAAGUACUGGGCAGAUGUGAAGGAGAACAGAGCCAGGGUUAUUUUCAUCACAGAGUACAUGUCUUCUGGGAGCCUGAAGCAGUUUCUAAAGAAGACAAAGAAGAAUCAUAAGACCAUGAAUGAAAAGGCAUGGAAACGCUGGUGCACUCAGAUAUUAUCUGCCUUAAGCUAUUUGCAUUCAUGUGAACCUCCCAUUAUCCAUGGGAACCUGACCUGUGACACCAUUUUCAUACAGCACAAUGGACUCAUUAAAAUCGGCUCAGUGGCCCCAGACACCAUUAAUAACCAUGUGAAAACAUGUCGGGAGGAACAGAAGAGUUUGCACUUCUUUGCUCCAGAGUAUGCAGCUGUUGCCAAUGUCACUACAGCCGUGGACAUCUAUUCCUUUGGAAUGUGCGCCUUAGAGAUGGCUGUGCUGGAAAUCCAAAGUAAUGGAGAGUCCUCAUAUGUGUCACAAGAAGCCAUUAAUAGUGCCAUCCAGUCUCUGGAGGAUCCACUGCAGAGAGAGUUUAUUCAGAAGUGUCUGGAGGUGGACCCCAGUAAGAGGCCCACAGCCAGAGAGCUGCUUUUCCAUCAAGCUCUGUUUGAAGUGCCUCUUUUGAAACUAUUGGCUGCACACUGUAUCGUCAGUCACCAGCACAUGAUCCCUGAAAAUGCUUUAGAGGAAAUGACCAAGAACAUGGACCCCAACCAGGUCAUUGUGGAAAGGAAAGAGGUCCAAAUGAAACUCUCGCAGUUUCCUGCUUUGGAGCUUGACAAGUUUCUUGAAGAUGUGAGGAACGGGAUCUAUCCGCUGACUGCCUUCGGUGUGCCCUGCCCACAGCAGCCUCAGCAAGAGGCUGUCAAGUCCCCCAUCGUGCCACCCUCUGUCAAAACGCCUACGCCUGAGCCUGCAGAGCUGGAGACCCGGAAGGUCGUGCAAAUGCAGUGCAACAUCGAGCCUGUGGAGGAAGGAGCAAAACAUCAUCUGACCUUACUGCUUAAACUGGAAGAUAAGCUGAACCGACACUUGAGUUGUGAUUUGGCACCAAAUGAGAAUGUACAGGAGUUGGCCGUGGAACUGGUCCAGCUUGGCUUCAUUAGUGAGGGGGAUCAGCCACGUCUCACUACUGUGCUGGAGGAGGCCUUCUCUAAAUUCUACAGCCGUAACGGCUCUCUGAAUCCUGUAACCGUUUCCUCAUAGCAGAGGGUCAGAUCUGCCAGCUCCUCUCCAUCAUCCUUUAUCUUCAUGCACGGGACGGGACGGGACUCUGAGGAAACGCACCCCUGCGCUCUGUUCUUCACACUGCUUUAGGUGGUGGAAAAAGUGUUGGCUGGUGGUACCCGUGUACAUUUAUUCUGUCAGUGUAGCAGUCUGCUUCUCUGUUUUAAAAGAAGAAAAAAUGACUCUUAUUAUUUAAAUCAGUAUUACGAGCUGUAUUUUGGAUGUGUGGGAUGGGUUACUUCUGGUUUGCACUUCAGCAAAUCUUUUUUUUUUUUUUUUUUUUUUUUGUCUUUUCAGGCACAUCACAUGCAUAUUUCAUGAUCUUUUAUUCACCCUUUCAAUCGUUCAUUUAUUCUUUUUUUUUUUUUUUUAGUGUAAGAGGAAUGCGUUACUGUGUUAUUUUGAAAUUAUUACCAAAUAACAAUGUCUUUGUACCUUUUAAGGCACACAUUAAUUGUGGUUAACUUUGGUCUGCAAUGCAAGAUCUACAACGACUGUGAAAGGAAAGGGGAUCUCCAAACAUUGAAAAAAGCAAACAGAUUAUUUAUCUAUAUGCGUAUGGUCUAUCUUGAAGCGUGUUUCACUUUCAACAUUGUGGCGGCUUUUUUUUUUUUUUUUUCCCUUUAUUACCUGUGAAUGUAUGCUGUAAGUUUUCAUUUGAAUGGUUUCUAAGCGAGGGGCACUUGAUUUGACUUGUCUGUUUUCCCUGUAUGUGACACAGUUAUGAGUUUCAGUAUAAAGAAAUGAUCUCCAGUGCACCAGACGUGUUCAAAUGUGCCUUCAACAGACACAAUCAAUCCAUCUCCACAAUCAAGACCCAUAGACUGACAGACACAUUGUAUUAUUCCUUUUUUCAUUGAGCAGAUCCUGUAGUGUUGUUUUCUUUGUCAACUGGUCUGCAUGCUUGUAUACUGUAACAAUUUGUUGGCAUAUUUGCAGUAUAUCAAAUCUCCGAGGGUUUCUGGUGGUGUGUUUUGUUUUUGGGCAGCAUCAUUUCAGCCCAAAUGAGCAGUUUGCACUGAUUUGUUUUAUGUUGAUGGCAAUAAAUUUCAUAUUCACUUCGAUGGUAUAUGAACAUCAUCUGUUACAAGCAGCUAAUUUGAAAUAAUGCAUGAAAUGCAGUUUAACAACUGAAAAACUCUAGUUUUCUUCUGAUUGCUAAUUGUGUUGCUUGUUUCUUUUUAAUUAUAUAAUGGCUCGAAUUGCAAAUUGCUUCAGAUAUCAGACAGCGGAGUGAAAAUGAUGCCCGAACCAUUGAAAAGCACACAACAAACAAUGCUUUCUUUUGUUAAUGCAGACCAGCAGUGACAAAUUAGAACAUUUUAAAUGGAUGAUUCAUUCCGUGGUUGUUUUGAAAGAAACAACAGGCUUUGUAUCAAUCCCUCUCUCUGUUUGAUCCGUCUAACGGGAGGAAACUAUUGCCCAGAAUCAUUUUGAAUUGCCUAGUUUGUCUCAUGCUAAACAUUCAGAAACUCAUAACUGCUUUUACUGUUAAAUCAAUUUGCACCAUUCAUUGAUAUAAAGAUGAGAUACUGAAUA